AUGGAAUCAGGUUCUUCUGUAGAAAUGAUUGAUCAAUACAAAACAAAACUUGCAGAAGAAACCAAGCCGUACAAACCAACACAAGAUUUCCAAGAAAUUGUCGAAAUUACAAGAUUACUCCCAGAUUAUUUGGAUUUCAAGCAGAUUUCAGGAAAGAAUCUUGAUAUGAUCCUUGAUAUAUGCGAUAAUUUCCUCUCAAACUCUCAAUAA